UGUAGUGUUGCGCUGGGUUGGUUCUUUUUCUAUAUAAAAGCCUUUUCUCUGCCUCAUUUUCUUCCACCAUCAUCCAACUUCCAGCCCCACUUCACCAUAUGCAGUCAGAACCCGGCAACCACCAGCGGCCCACUGGCCCUCCACCUCCUCCGGAGAACCACCACCACCUCCAAUGCCCGCGCUGCAAUUCCACCAACACCAAGUUCUGCUACUACAACAACUAUAACCUCUCCCAGCCCCGCCACUUCUGCAAAUCAUGCCGCCGUUACUGGACUCACGGUGGCGCCCUCCGCGACAUCCCAGCCCGCGACAACGCCCCCAAGCGCUCCCGCUCCCGCUCCUCUCCGGUGACCCCGCCCCUGGCCUCUUAUCCCCCGCAGCGCGUGCCUCCCGACCUUAAUGUCGGCGCGUCUGGGAGUUUCACCGGGUUGCUGAACUCGCAUGGAUCCGAAUUCUCGGGUCUGGAAUACGGUCUCGGAUCAGGUCUUCACGAGGUUGGUGAUGGUGGAGCGUGGCAGAUUGGGAUUGGUGAAGAAGUUGAGCUAGUGGAGGGCAAUGGCUUUACUUGGCCGGAUCUUCAUGUUUCAGCUCCCGGAAGAAUUCUGAAGGAAUAAAAACGAUGGGUCUGAAUUCAAGUCGACCCGAUUAAUCCAAAGAAAUGGGUCAGGAUUUAUAAUUAAGUAUAAGGUGGGGGUCUAUUUUGAAAAACAGAAUGAAAUUUAGAUAUGAUUGAAGGAC